GAGCGAAUGCAAUCGGUGGAACGGUGGAUAAACAGCAUCCCUUUGGACGCCCCAAUCUACAUUCAGACUUCGUUGACGCAGAUCAUGCCAAUUUCUGAUCCCAAAUCCUUUCCUGAUGAACUCUUCGUCUCCGACCAUCUCCCCUCCACGCCAAACAACUCCUCCUCUAUCAGCGCUGCUGGAGACACUUCUCGAGGUACAUUGUCAUAA